UUUGCCUCGAGCAAAAGCACGCAAUCAACGGGCAAAAGCGCCAGGAACGCGCCAAUCAUGGCGACAAUGCAAUUCACCACCUCGAUUUCUAUUUCGCCGACAUCGCUGCCGACAAUAUACACCCCUCCUCCUCCUCCUCCGCCUCCGCCAUAAACACUCCUCCCACUCCUUCGCCUCUCCCAACCCCUAGAGUCUCGUUUCUGAGCACACAGCUGCUGUGCUAGAUCGACUCAGCGAAGAAGAUGCACGACCAGCAGGCUGAGUCCGCUGGACCGGGCGCGGAACUGAAGAAUACCCCCAAAACCUUCACCGAGGAGUCUUCCAGUCUACCGUUUGGACAGCAUCUUCCCUUCCAGUCAAUCAGCGGCCCGACCUACCUCACGGCACAGACACUGGUUCAGCAAGUCGCCUACACCCUUUCUGAUAAGCUCUUCUCGUACUCCGCCGAAUCGUUUGACCUCGACCUUGCGGCGAAGCAGUGGCAAGCGCAGGGAGAGAAAAAUGCCUUUGGAUAUGAGACGGGCGUAUCGUCUUUGCAGACCCGGACCGGUGCGGGCUCCAUUGCUCUGGGAUACAUGUUCUCCAAGGACUUCGAUCUGAAGAAGCGGCACAUCCCUCAGUCCAUUCUUGCUUCUUCCGCCACGCUCCACUAUCUGCGACCCGUCCUCGACCAGAUUUCCUUGUUAUACUCGGUCGCCAACCCCCUCACCCUUCACAUCGCAGCCGUGGAUUACGCUCCCAAUUCUCCUGCCGGAUUGGUCACCGACUAUGUCUCUUCGCUGGCUCUCGCUGAGGAUCUUGGUCUGGGUCUUGUGUGCAGCGCAUCCGUAUUCGAAGUCCAGCAUAUGGCUCUGUUUGCUACGCUUCUCUCCAGCGUUCUGCCCACGAUCCACACCUACGACGGCAUCACGGUGGGAAGAGAGACUGCUCGGGUGGUGGAUGCAUUGGACAGGACGAGGCUGCACAACAUCUACCAGGAUGUCCUCAAGGCCGGCUCUGAAAUCGAAAAGAAGCACUCCGACAAUGCCGGCCGCACCGUUCGCUUGCUGAAGGCAUUCAACGACGAGUUGGGAGAGGACUACCAGCUGUUCGACUACUACGGACACGAGCAGCCGGAGAGCGUGCUGGUCGUUUUUGGCACUGUGGAGGCUUCGUUGGCUACCCAGGUUGCCAAUGCGAUCAGCAAGGAAGGCGACAAGGUCGGCGUCAUCAAUGUGCGCGUCUACAGGCCGUUCGUCGAGGAAGCCUUCCUUGAGGUGCUGCCGAGGACUACUCAGUCGAUCGCGGUCCUAGGCCAGGUAAAGGACGAGGCUGCCGUUUUUGACCCCUCCGAGUAUUCUCUCCUCUAUUCCGAUGUCUUGGCCGCUGUUCAGUUUGAGUUGGACGGCAAGGUCGAAGUCACGGACAUCAAGUAUGCGCGUGACCAGGUUUGGACCCCCAGCAACAUCCUGGAUGUCUUCCGACAAAUCUAUGGCGAGAAGCCCCAGGCGGAGGAGGUCCGUUCCUACGUUGAUAUUCUGGACACGACCGAUGUCCGCCAAUACUCCUUCUGGGAUGUGGAUGACUCUCCUUCGGCCAAUGCCCCACUUGUACUUGGAAAGCUCCUGUCAUCCGAUUCCUCCAAGAAUGUCUUCGUCCGCUCCGGUCACGACAACCUGGUGCGCGGCGGCGUUGUCCGUACCGACAUCCGUAACGCCGAUUACACAAUAGAGGCUCCUUUCUCCAUCGAGCAGGCCGAUGUUACCUUCGUUGGAGACGAGGCUCUCUUCAAGGAGUUUGACGUCCUGAGCAACGUCAAGGGCGACAGUUCCUUGAUCGUAAAACUCCCUGGUGUGAAAGAUGAGGACAUCGAGAAGAAGUUUUCGCCGGUUCUGAGGAAGUCAAUUGUCGAGAAGGAUGUUGAGCUCUUCGUGCUAGAUCCUUCCUUGUCCGAGAGCGUCACCAAGGAUCCAAGCUUGGAGACAUAUCUCACCCAACUUGCUUUCCUGAAGGUAACCAGAGAAGAUCUCCUGACGUCUGGCCUCGCUAAGCUCGCGACCAUUAAUGGUAGCUCUGGUGUCUUUGAGAAGUUGGUCAAGGAGCUUGAGAGUGCUCUCCGCGAGGUUGAAGUGCCCGUCUCUUGGGGCACGGUGGAGGAAGACGUUGAGUUUUCCCAGCUUCCCGCCGACAUCCAUGUCAACAGUUUUGCUGCUUUCGACCGUAACGAAUCGGAACCCCCCACGCUUCUCAAAUCCUGGCAGAUAGCGGCGAAGGGUUUGGCGUUCAAGGAGGCCUACGGCACUGAGACCGCCUUGCGACCCGAUCUCGGCGUUAAGACAUUCACUGCGCGUGUCAAAGAGCGCCGCCGCCUUACUCCGCUCACUUAUGACCGCAACAUCUUCCACAUUGAGUUCGAUCUUGGCGAUACUGGUCUCAAGUAUGCCAUUGGCGAAGCCCUCGGUAUUCAUGCUGAGAAUGAUAAGACCGAGGUCGAGCAGUUUAUCAAGUGGUACGGUCUCAACCCCGAGGAGAUUGUGGAGGUUCCAUCUCGCGAAGACCCCAAUGUGCUUGUCAACCGCACCGUCUACCAGUCCCUGCUCCAGAAUGUGGACAUCUUCGGUCGCCCGCCUAAGCGCUUCUACGAGGCGCUCGCUGAGUUCGCUUCGGACGAGAAGGAGAAGAAGGAGCUCCUCACUCUUGCUGGGCCCGAGGGCGCUGCAGAGUUCAAGCGACGUGCGGAGGUGGACACCGUCACGUAUGCCGACAUCCUGCUUGAGUUCUCUUCGGCUCACCCCUCGUUCCACGACAUCGUUCGUAUUGUCAACCCCAUGAAGCGUCGCGAGUACUCCAUCGCUUCGUCGCAACAUGUUACGCCUAACUCGGUCUCCCUGCUCAUUGUCACUGUCAACUGGGUGGACCCCAAGGGUCGUGACCGCUUCGGACAAGCUACGCGCUACCUCAACAGCCUCAGCGUUGGCUCUCCUGUGACUGUUUCGGUCAAGCCUUCCGUCAUGAAGCUUCCUCCCAAGACGACGGCUCCCAUCAUCAUGGCUGGUCUCGGUACCGGUCUCGCGCCGUUCCGUGCUUUCGUGCAGGAACGCGCCUACCAGAAGCAGCAGGGUCACGAAAUCGGCGAGGUGCUGCUGUACAUGGGCUCACGCCAUCAGCGAGAAGAAUACCUCUAUGGCGAAGAAUGGGAAGCCUACCAAGACGCCGGUAUCAUUACCCUCCUCGGCCGCGCUUUCUCGCGUGACCAGCCUCAGAAGAUUUACAUUCAGGACCGCAUGCGGCAGACGCUGAACGAGAUCCGCAAGGCCUACCUGAAGGACGAGGGAAGCUUCUACUUGUGUGGUCCUACCUGGCCGGUACCAGAUGUCACCGAGGUGUUAGAGGAGGCCAUCAAGACUGAGCACGAGGCGAAGCAUGGCAAGGGCGGGAAGAAGGUGGAUUCCAGGAGGGAGAUUGAGACUCUGAAGGAGGCGCAGAGAUAUGUCCUCGAGGUUUAUUAAUUUAGCGACGAGUGUGGUGCAUUGGAUUUAGUGAUGAGUCUCUUUAGCGAUGAAUUAGCUGGGAUGGUUUUUGUGGGAUCUCUGCCCGCAUAUAGACUUCAUUUCUCUUCAAAUAUAUUGGAUACGCCGAAUG